ACACGCUCAGUGAAACUGGGAUUCGCUUGAUCUUCAUCAUCACAUUCUUAGCACAGGAGAAGUCUUCUCUUUCAAAUGCCUUAACACUUUUUCAUUUGUUACACACAUUUUUCACACCCUUUGUCAAAACAGUUACCACAGAUCUCAUUGAAAGAUCCCAAACUCCAUUGGAUUCACUGUGUUGAACAAAAGGAAAACAACUAUUAACAGCUGAUAGAAAGUACUUGCAUAAUUAUAAAUAUCCAAUGCACCUGUGUGAAGCUUGUUUGCACAACUCUUCAAUCAGCAAUCAAUCCUCAUCCCUCUACAAAAGAUGCCACCUCUGUAUUGCUAUUUGCAAGCAUGGAUCAAAGAGGCCAUAGGCACGAAAGGAGAGUAAGAGGCCAUGGCAGAGGGGCCCGAGGAAGAGGAGUUCGUAUGCGUGGUGGAGGAGCUGCAGCAGCAAGAGGACAAAAUCGAGCUCAAGUUCCAAAUGAAAUUCGGGCAACAAUUAUUGACCAUGUUAUCAAUCAUGGCUUGUCCUUUAGAGAGGCUGGACAAAGGGUCCAGCCCAUUCUGGGUCGGAGCACUGUGGCAUCUAUUGUAAGGCUUUUUCGGAAUGAGAACAGAAUCCACACAUUACCACACACUGGUGGAAGAGGAAAGAUAUUUGGUAUUGAACAGGAGUCUGCCAUUGUAGAUAUGGUAGUGGCAAACAAUGCAAUCAGACUGCGUGAAAUCCAGGCAGCAGUAAUUGCAGAUCAGGGGGUAUUUAGAAAGAUAAACAGUGUGAGUUUGGCCACUAUAAAUCGAGUCCUUAAACGAAACCAUGUUAGGAUGAAGCAGCUGUACAGAGUUCCAUUUCAAAGAAACUCUGACAACGUAAAGGAGGCACGAUUCCAGUAUGUGCAGAGAAUAAUGGAGUUUGAAGCAGAAGGGACACAUCACAAAUUCAUUUUUGUGGAUGAAGCCGGCUUCAACCUCUGUAAAGUGAGGAGACGUGGGAGGAACGUCAUUGGGCAGAGGGCCACUGUCACAGUACCAGGUCAGAGGGGUGCCAAUAUCACCAUGUGUGCUGCCAUCUCCAAUGAUGGUGUCCUUUGCCAGAUACCAACUAUUGGCCCAUACAAUACAGAACGCCUCAUCACGUUUCUUGAUGCCUUGAAAGAAAUACUGAUUCCACCCGAAGAGAGAGGGCUGUUGAGGCCUGGCAUGACUUUGUAUGUCAUAAUUUGGGACAAUGUGGCUUUCCACCACUCUCGCCUUGUGAAUGAAUGGUUUGCAGCACAGCCUCGUAUUAUGAUGCAAUUCCUGCCUGCAUACUCGCCUUUUCUGAACCCAAUCGAGGAGUUCUUCUCUGCUUGGAGGUGGAAGGUGUAUGAUCACCGGCCAUAUGAGCAGAUGCCCCUCCUGGAGGCAAUGAAUGCUGGUUGCCUGGCAAUAGGUGCAGAGGACUGCCAGGGAUGGAUACGCCAUGCAAGAAGGUAUUUCCCUCGGUGCAUUGCAAGGGAAAACAUUCAAUGUGAUGUUGAUGAGAACCUGUGGCAUAAUCGGCAAGAACGAAUGGACUAAAUGUGAAAAAUAAUAUAUAUAUUUUUUUUUUCUUCUUUUUUCUUUCUUUCUUUUUUUUUAAAGGUAUUUCCACCCAUAAGUUUUCUUUGGUAGUUUUUUUUUUAAGUAUCCAUUUGAGUUUGUAAAGUAUUAUAUUGCAUAUUGAUGGCUGAAUUUUGUUAUCCAUCGUGUAAUGAUUGAUUCAAAGAAUAAAUUAAUUUGACUACAAGUUUUGGUGUUUGAUGGAAAUAUUUGCUGAUGUUGCAUGUUUUUAAUGUUUUGUGAGUGUUAGAGCAUUUUGCUAACAAAAUGAGUCAUUUUGACCAUUGACCUUA